AUGGCUGGAAGCGCUCACGGUGUGAUGAGGCUGCUGUUGUUGUCUGUGAUCAGAGCAGGUGUAAAAGGAGAAGAUGGUCUGAUAUUUGCUGAAGGGGGCUAUGAUAUUACAUUUCCAUGUGAAGAAGAUUCAGUCUGCUUUCAUAUAUGGCACUUCAGCACAAGUGAAACAAGUGAUUAUGUAGCCAUAGUCAGUAAUGGAGAAAUCCAGACAGUCCAAUCAGAGGAUGACGACUCAAAAUGCACUCUGACAAUCAAAGGUCUCACAGCGGAGGAUGUCGGACAUCAUCGCUGCCAACAAAGGCCAGAUGUCUUCUCUCCUCGCAGUGCCCCUUCUGCCGCCCCAGAGUUAAACCUCAUGCCAGGCAAAACGGUGUCACUGCAGUGUAUUCUCCUCACCUACGUAGAGCGGGGACACUGCAACACGCAGCUACAACAGGUCAGCCUGACGUGGGUGGAUGAAGCCGGCACCGAGAUUCAAGAGGAUGCACAACAUCAGAUAAAACAAGAGUCGUCUUGUGAUGUAACUCUGACUAUCACUUUUCAAAGGCCUGAAAACAGGAAGUUUAGAUGCCAGGCGACUGUGGACGAACAAGUGUGGAUGUCAGUGGAGCUGUGGGUCAGAGCUUCAGCUCUCAAAGGGAGGGGACGAGGGUUCGUCAUAGAGCUGGAACCUGAAAAUAAAGGCGGCAACCGCGACGCUGUUAGCGUGGCUGUGGGGGUGCUGGCAUGUGUGGUUUUGACAGCGCUGGUUGCGGCGUUUGCUGUGAACAGAAGAAGAACAAGAAACCAGCAGCAGGAUGAGUCUUGUUCUGUGACCGGCAUCAACAACGUCACAAAUGCAGACGAUGUGAUCUACGCUGAGGUUGUUCUACCUGUCGGCUCUGACCUGCGGGUCCACGAGCAUGAGUCCACUGAAUACGCCUGUGUCCGAUACUAGUCUGUGCAAAAUAUAAAUGGCUGUAUAUCUGUUCUUUGUUUGUUUGUUUGAGCUGCAACUGUGAUACUAUCAUGCAUGGUAAUACUGUGAAUUGCUCCACACCAAAUACCUGUACUGUAACUGUAGUUGGCACUUGAAGUCAUCGGGAACCUUUUGCUCUUUGACUCGGCCAUUUUGCAUUUUAAAUUUAGACAAAUGUGCCAUGAGUUUGAACAGUCUACCUCAAUACAUUUGACUUAACGUAUUUCUAUCAGAUGUAGAAUCAUACAGAGGGUGAAUUCAUUGAA